AUGGAGAACAACGAGAGCAAUUCUGGGAAUGUCCCUGCAGGCGAACAGCCAUCUGAACAACCAUCGUCCAUGUCCCAACAACCCCCGCGAACACAUGGCCAUUCCCUUCCCUCAGCGACAGAAACGACGCUAGUGGGGUCCCAGGCCAUACCUGCUGCAUCAGACCAACAAACUGAGGAUACGAACGCGAAUUCCCUCACCCCUCCAUCGUCAUCUCAAACGCCCCAGCCCACCACCCUGGUUCCUCCUCCACCAAUUCCAAUGUCAACACCAUCCCCAUCGACACCUGAAGCAGGGGCGACACCGUCGAGUUUAGAGGACUCCAGCUCUUCACAACCCCCACCGCCAGUUCCUCUACCCCAAACUUCCAACGAAGCUAUCCCACAAACGCCGCAAGUUUAUCUUACCUUCCUGCUUAUCUCGGGUCAUCGGCGGACAAUGUCGUUUGAUCCUUCGAUCGCUGUUGGGAGGGUGAAGGAGUUGGUGUGGAAUGGAUGGCCGGGUGAUUGGCCUUCGGAGGAGCGACCGCCUGCGCCUUCUUAUUUGAGGAUAUUGUACCUCGGAAAGAUGUUGCAGGAUGAUGAGACUUUGAGUGGCUUGAAACUCCCUACACAUACGCCGGCUUCGUCGUCGGGUCAAGAGGAUAAAGCUGUUGGGACGAUCAUGCAUAUCUCUAUUCGACCGUUUGGACCGGGUAGUGAAGUGGAUGGAACUAUGAAAAAGAAGCCGAAGAGGAGGGGGACGAGGGAUAGAUGGAGAGGUUAUGGAAGGCAGAGCGGGGUGUUGCGGGUGUAUUAUUUGUUGAGGAGGAGCUAG